AUGAAGACCAUUGGCAAAUCACCUCGUUCCGUUAACAGGGUAAAAAGCGAAUAUACCAUCACCGGACCCAAAAUGAACCGCGGUACACCGCCGGCAUUAAGCACCCCAAUAAACACUCGGAUUCCCGGGUCAAAGUCUUCAAUAUCUCCUCAAACCGUGUUUUAUAAAAAGACCAUCCCAAGAAAACUGAUGAUCGGUGAUGUAACACCGCAUCUCACUCGCUCGAGUCCAUCUUCCAAGGCAGUACGCAAAAUUAUGUAUGUCAAUACAUCGGACAAGCUGAACACUUGCAUGUGUGAUCCGGAGUUGCUGGGGAAGGACACCAGCCAUCCAAACUGCACCUUCGUGAACAUUUGCAACGAACACAGGCGGGGUGUAUUUCGCUGCAGAGAAUAUUUUUCGUGGCUAUGGCAAAUGGUCGGGUGGAUGGCACAAGUAUUGUUGGCGAGUAUUGUUGUGUUCGUAGUGUGCAAUGCUGCUCUGAACGGGGUCUAUUGGAUGUUUGGUGGAAAGUUCAAGAAAAGUAGCAACGAAGAGAUGCAUGCAGCGGAGGAAAGCAUGCUCUACGACGAGAAGGAAGACGAAGCGGAGCAAUUGAAUCAUAACCUAAUGGAGUUCAACCCAAAGGGGUAUAGUUUGACCGAAACAACACAUACGUUUAAUAUUCUAGACCUCUUUAUAAUGACGCUAGAGCUUAUGAAUGGCUUUUUUGGCUGGAUCGGUACCAUACUGCUGCCUGGUGAGGAAUAA